UUUACUUAAUCUUAUAUCUUAGGUUUUAAUUCAAUUCUCUAUUUUUCUUAUUCAAUUUUAUUAUCAGUAAUUUUUACUUAAUUGUAUAUCUUAAAUUUUAAUUCAAUUUUCUAUUUCUACGAAGACAUUUUAUUUUGAGUCAGAUUUAUGAUCAGUAAAUUUCAAUUCAGUUUUUAAAGUUUGAGUAUUAUCUAGUUUUAUUAUCAGUAAAAUUGUAAUUCAGUUUUUAUGUGUUCAAUUAGUAAUCGUUUUACUGUAAGUGAAAUUGGAAUAAAAUUUCUAGUUUUAAAAGCCGUCGGAUUCUGUCUUUAGAAAAUUUAUUGUGGUUGCAAUUUACUGUCAGCAAAAUUUAACUCAAUUUGUAGAAAAGCAUAUUUUAAUCCUGUGUAUAUUGUAUUUUACUAUGGUGUGUAUUUGGGGAAUUUUGUUUAGUAUCAUUUCAUUUACACAAGUGUAGACGGAUCCAGUUUUUAUUUUUGUUUUAUUAGUGUGAAUGUGUGAUUCUCCGGAGUUGUCUAGUGUUAUUUCAUGUUUAAAGGAGUAGACGUUUCUGCAGUAUAUUUUAUGUUUAUUGUAUUUUAGUGUGGAUGUCCUUUUUCUUAUUUCAAUCCGGGGUGUGACUCGGAAAGAAAGAGUGGUUUAUUUGUAGUUGAUUUUAAAAGAAAUUGAAAUUGAGAAUUGUUUUCGGUGAAUUUAUUACCAGAAGAGAUUGUUUCAUAUUCAACAGAUUAUAAAAUAAGGGAGAGGAAACUGUGAACUUCCCAGCUCGUAGCGUAAUUUAGUUUCACUUUAGAAGUUGUGCUCUUAUUCUGUUGUUUGUCCGCUACGGGGCUGUAGUUUUACUUUCUUUUUGGAAAAAUAAUAUUGAAGUAGUUAUAUAUUAUAGAGUAUCUGUGGUAAAAAGGCGUGCGGAAGAGAGAUAAACCCAGUCCGAGAUAGACAAGAGACAUAAAGUGUUGAAGUGUAAAAUAUUCAAACGGUUACUUAUAUCCAAUAAGUUUGAUUGCAGUAUUGGAACAGGGCUUAAUAAAACUGAACCGACUCUGUUUAAGACUCAGCCGUGGUUAUCAUACAAGUAUACGGUGCAUGUGAAUUGAUUGAGACGCCUAGUGGAUAAAUUGUUUCGAGCUCUAAUAAGAAUAUUGUAACUUUCAGGAAGACGAUAGAGAAUUAGUGAGAUCAGUAAGAGUUUAGAGGAGUGCUGGUUGUUUUAUGGAAAUUGCCAUUUGAACGAGUGACAAGAAAUAAAUAUUAUUGAUGUGAAUUUAAUUUUCAAUUUUAACAAGUGUUGAAUGUCAUUACAUUUUUAUCUUGACGAAGUUUAUUGGUAGUUUCUAAUUUUAACACGUAGUAAAAUAUUAUUGUAUUCUUUAUUUUUGACAAAUCAUACUUUUGACUUUAACCAGUAUUACAUAUUAUUUCUAAUCUGGAUAAAUUCUAUUUUUAACUAAAAAGAGUAUUACAUAUUAUUACAUUUUAAUUUUGACAAAUUUUGUUUUAAUUUUAACAAGUCUUAAAUAUCAUUACAUUUCUUUUGAGCUUUGACAUUUUAAAUUUCAAAUUGGACAGGUAUUAUAUAAUGAAUGUAGUUUGAAUUUUGACAAGAAUUACAUAAUACCAAAUUGAAUUUCUUUUAAGUUUUGACAACGCCUUUGAAUCCUCUUUGAAUCAUCAUCGAGCAGGAGUUGAAUAUUAUUACAUUUUCAUUACAAUAAAGAAGUAACAGUACUGAAUUUUAUUGUCUGGCAAGUAUUUUAUUAUUAAGGUGAACUUUAAUUUCGAUAAAGAGGUGAUUAUUAUUCAUUUGACUAAGAAAAAACACAGCAAAUAAUUUUGUGAGAAUUUGUGUGUAUUUACAGAAGGCCUGGUGUUGAAUAACAUUGAAAGGAAGAAUAAACGAGAUAUUCAGGGUAAGAAAUAUUGUAGUGGAAGAUAAAAUGAAGAUUCUUAAAGAACAAUGGGAGGCAGCAGUAGAACAGUUAGUGAGCGGUUUACCAGAAAAAGCAAGGCUCAAGAAAAUUAAGAAAUUGCAGGAAAUGUAUGAAGAGUGGAAACAACUUAAAGGUUACGAGGAUAGAACAAAAAUAAGUUUGAAAGAACACGUAAUAGCACAAGAAAGUGACGCACACAGGAAGUUUCAGAGAGAGGACAAAAAGGAAGUGGGGCUUCUCGCUAGAAAGAAGCAUGAAAAGGAAGUGAAGAGACUACGUGAGGAGUUUCACUUGUGGCAUAGUAUGGCAGUAAGUUGUGUGGCUUUGGUACAGCUGGACAAAGAGAGAAAAGAGACAGAAAUGAAAGUGGAAAUAAAAAAGAGUGACGUUAAAGAGAAGGAAGCAAACACAAUUCAAGAAGGGAGGGAGAUAGCAUCCAUAUAUCCAGUACUGCCACCCACUGUUCCACCUCCAUAUGCCCCGCCCCACACACAGUUACCGGUAUUUGAAGUACAAAAGGGUGUGUUGGACAUGGAGCAGAGGGAGGGAAAUCGCUGGAAAAUAAAAUCAGGUAAAUUAGAUUUAAUAACAGAAAAUGAGAUGGAGGAGAGAGAGAUAGCAAGAGAAACAGCUGAAUUAAUGAGAACACAUAAAGAGCAAGCUGCACAGGCAGAACAGAGGAUGGCAGCUCUGGAAAAGGAAAUAAGGCAACAAUGGAACAGCGUAGCACAGGAAAGGACAUUUCAGCCCAGAGCACAAAGCACCCCAGGAGAAACAUUGAGCAGCAGAUUUAUAACAGUGGAUGAGACUGGGAGUCAGAUAGAGGUUGAAAAUCAGGGAACAUAUCCAGUGGAAAUCAGAGGAGAAAUGAGGAUGGGUAAGAGGAUGAGAGAGGAGAGCAAAUAUAACUCCAGUAUAAAGACACCAAAGAAAGAGCAGGAAAGAGAAGAACAGGAAUACAGGGAACUAGGUCUCAUUCGAGGGAUACCAAAUAUGUGCCCACUAGUGGACACAAAUGGAAACCUAGAAUAUAAACCAUGGUCAUUCACAGACAUGGGAGCUAUCCUUGCAAAGUUACCUCAUAUCACGAGUGGAGGGGGUAAAUGGAUAGGGAAGGUAAUAACUUUGACGCAGGGCCAUACGUUGGCAAUAGGAGACCUGAGGGCGUUAUUGGGCCAGGUACUGACUGUAGGACAGAUCACGGAAAUUGAGCAAGAGGCAGGAACGGUUGGGAUAUAUGAUGACCACCCAUAUUGUCAAGUGGCAUCAGUUUGGGGAAAGGCCCUGCGAAAGCUGUACCCAGCGCCAGCAGGCACUCUUUAUAAUAUCAAAUUUUCUCCAAAAGGGGAAGAAACAGCAGCAGCAUACUUGAGUCGAUGCAAAGGAGAAUGGGAAGAGCACACUGGGGCUCAUCCACAUGCAGACAAAAUACAGGAACAAAUGUUCAGAGCUGCUGUAUUGGAAGGGACUCCUAAAUCUGUACAAGAUGAAAUAAAAGCCAACCCCGAUUUACCAGGUGCUGUAUGUGAGGUUUGGGAACGACAUUUCCUUCAUCACAUGUCUAGGGCGAACGAAAAAGAAAAAGAAAAAGUAGGAGAAGUAGAGGAAUUGAAAAAACAGUUGCUAAAAUUACAGUUGCAUGAGGCCAGAUCUAAAAUAAAUGAAGAAAAAGGUAAAAAGAAGGAUAAACAAAUGGUAGUUCAGGAAAUGAAAACCCCUCAAAGAUACAACAAAGAACAGGAAGCUGACCCAUCAAAUGUAAAAUGGGAAAGAACCACCCAAAGACCAAUAAACUACUCCAAUAGAGGUAGGGGUGGGGAUUACAAUAGGGGGAGGGGAAGAGUACAGUAUCAAGAAGGGUGUUUCCGUUGUGGUCGUCCGGGACACUUCGCCCGUGAUUGUCGGCAACCUGAACUCGGAGCCCAACAGAGACCAUCUCGGGGCAGAGGCCAUAACACACACAUGGCCCCUAACGUGGAAAAAGCACCACGACCACACUUCCAGUACCCUUUGUCCACUGGAGGGGAAAGGGAGUGGUACUGAGACAGCCCACGGAACGACCUCAGCAGGGUUAGGGCGGAACCCUUGCUGACUUUGGAGGUGAACUCACAUCCUGUUGAAUUCCUGGUGGAUACUGGGGCAACAUACUCCACACUGAACUAUGAACUUCCAAAAAAUCUUAUUUUAGACAAAACCACUGAAGUAAGGGGGUUUUCCGGGGCUAUAACUAGACUGCCAUUCUCCAAAGAACUCACAGUGCAGUGCAUGAAAAAACAAUCACUGACUCACUCUUUUCUGCUGUCAUAUUCCUCACCGACAAAUUUGUUGGGAAGAGACUUGCUAGUGAAACUUGGAGCUGAAAUCCUAUGCAGCCCGGAGGGGAUUAUAGUAACUAUGAAAAAUGGUAUCACCAUGAACUGUUCCAUCAUGACCACAAUGAGAACGCAUGGACAUUGGUUACUUUCUGCAAACACCUCUCCACAGGGAGCUGACAUUUACUGGGGGAGGGUGCUUCUGGGGGACACAGGGGACACCCUGAACGAUCUGUACUGUCAAUGGGAACCUUGGAUAUUAUCAUUAGCGCCAUACACUCAGCUAAUAGAUCCACUGCAUGUCACUUUGUUUUAUGAUAGAACACAAGAGUACUGGUACCAAGAACAAUUUGAUAACAUCGCAGGAGAACAAUGGGAAAUUUGUGGGGCAGGAAUAAUGAUAGGCAAAGAGGGAGUGGCAGCUAUAGUAGAACUUACCCCCGAACAGGAACAAUGGUAUAGAAUGAGGGAAGAGGCAUCACCCCAUAUAUCAUUAUUAGUACAUCCCCAACACCAAGCUAAAGAUCUAGGACCAAUGGUAAAGAAGGGAAUAAAUUUAACAGAUUGGAGGGAAACCCAACUUCCUGGUGUAAAAUAUUCACCUAGCUCAGGGUAUUAUUUGAUCACACAAGAAACAAAAGACACUGUAGUGUUGGAACACGAAUGGCUCACAAGAUGGCAUGGUAGGGAUAAAAGUGAUCAUGAAAAUGAUGAAACAAUGUUGAAAAGUUUGCCCAAUCAGUUAUGAACACAGAAUCCCACAGAUGUAGGGUUUUGUAAAAAUUUCCCAGAAAUAUCGUUCGAGCUGACAUGUGAUGAUCCAAUUUUGGAGGCCUCAAUAAAAGUACAAACCAAAGGCAGAGGAAGGUAUCAAAUAUACCAUUGAAGGUUUGUUAACCGCAGGGGUUUUAGAGUAUGCUGAUUUCAAUUGGAACACACCCAUUUUGCCUGUGGAAAAACAAAACAUAGGAAAAUUCAGAAUGGCACACGAUUUGAGAACAAUCAAUCAAAUCAUUAAAACUCCAACUUUACCUGUUCCAAACCAAUACACUUCUCUGAAUUAAAUCACUCAAAAUCAAUCAUGGUAUAAUUGCAUCGAUCUCACUAAUGCUUUCUUCUGUUUACCUCUUGCAGAGCACGUGAGGGACAUUGUUUGACCGUACUCACCGCGCACUCUGUUGUAACUUAUGUUAAUUAAUCAUCAUUUAUAAUUUCCACUCUGAGACAAAGACGGUUGGAAAACAGUCUGCACA